AUGGGUGAUCGAAUGUACCAAAGCACCGAAUACACAAAAGUCAGUCUUGCUUCCAGAAAGCUCAUGAGAACCGCAAGCCAGAAAUUAAAGACCAAGUUGAACGCCGCCAUUGAGGAUCUUGGAUCAUUUCUCGAUGACGAGCUUUCGGAGAGUCGAAUCGGCCUGCCUCCAGACAUGCGUGCCCACCUGGACAGGUUUCGCGGCGCUCUGUUGACGUUCUACACUGCCAAGUUUGGCUCUUUUCCUCCUAGCGAUUUUGACUCAAGGGUUGUGCAGGCCAUGUUGGAGGACUUUGAAGCCUUGUACGACCUUCUUGUAGACGACGGCAUCGGCGCGCCCGGGAUGUUCGGUGGGAACAAUGGGGGUGGCUUGUGCAUUCUGCAAAUCAUCAAAGGAUUCGACAGCCGCAAUUCCUUCGUCGCCCGUCAGCAUCCCCUGCCUCUUCUCCCCGAUACGUCCGGGCUUCGCACGCGCCGCAUGUCGUGGCUUGGCCGCGGAGAGAUGAAGAAACCCUCCAACCGGCUCGUCGCCCAUACAGCGCUGAUCAAAGCCUCCAACUGGCGCGAUUCCAAGAAUGGUCUCGUACGAAUGUACCGUGAUUUUGAGGGCAAGUCGCUGGAGCCGGCAGCCAACAAGGGAGACAGAUCAAGCCUGUCAAUCACGGAUGCUCGCAAAGUGCGAUGGAUCUUGAUAUAUGCCAUGUGCCAGGUUCUACGCAGCAUCUCGCAAACGGCGCCGCAAGUGGCCGGCGAACAAGCACCCUACUUCCUCAGCGCCCCCAUUGAGCUACCGCCUUGGGACAUUGCGCUGGACAAUUUGAAUACAACAAUGGAGCUCCCGAUUCGUAUCAGCGCAUUGCCUACAAUGCCUCCGCCGACCAAUGAGCCUUGGCAGCCCAAAUUCGCAGACGAAGUGGAAAUCAAACCGGACAUUGACUAUUUUGCAUUGACGCACAAUAUGGAACUCCAGCAGCCAGCAAAGCUCGGGCGCAGGCAGUCAAUGCUGAGCCAGACCACAGCAUCACCAACGAGGCGAUCGUCAGCGAAGCUCGUGACGGGCACCGGGCUCGAGCGUCGCUCAACAAUACGGGACUCGAUAAAGCGACGACUGCGCCCGGGAAGCGCGACUUCUGCAACUUCUCCCACGGCGAGCAAAAGUGUGUACCACGAGAUCGUGGUUGAAGGCUACGGGAACGGCACCAAUGAGGUCAAGCUUGGGAGGCGUAACACUGUGGGCUGUGACAAUUCGGAAGUUGCCCUAUGGUCUUCCGCAACCUUGCCUCGUGUCCCACGCCUCGCCGACCCAACGUACCCGGGCAUCGACUCCGCCGCACCAGCUCCCAACCAGAGCCGCAGUAGUUCCCACCGGAGCAGCAGCGCGAGCUUCAUCGACGCGACACACUCGCAGGCCGCAUCCGGCCCUGCCUCCCCUGCCACGAUCGCCACGGACGAGUUCGAGCAAACCCCCGCCGUCGAGCCCAUCAUUGUUCGCAACUCCUCGCACAGGAGCCUCACGCACCGGUACCCGAUGAAGGCGGUGCUGGACACCAUCAGCCGCACCUCGAGCAAGCGUCGCGCCUCCUUCUCGGGCAGCAAGGAGCCGCCGCCGCCUGUUCCGCUGCCGCCAGCAGCGUCGCCUGCUGGCACGCCGUCCCGGGCCUCGAGCAUACGCAGGAGCCUGCUGCCGGAGAGCUGGUCGCUGCCGGGGCGGGCGAUGGUCGCGCAGGACAUAUGCGAGGAGGAUGAGAUUGUCACGCUGCAGUCGGAGGCGGACGAGUGGAUCGCGAUGCAGGCGUUUCUAGACGGCGACCACUCGCGGACGCACAUGGACGACGAGGCAGCGGUUCCGGGGUGGGAGCAGUAUAAUGACCUGGGCGGCUUGACAGAGGUUCGGUAA